CCGAGGGGUGCAAUUCUGUUGAGCUAGAUCUCCGUGGUGCAUGCGCGUCGGUGCAGGGAUGUCAGCGUAUUCUGAGAAGAGAUCAUCCCUCGGUGCUGCGUGGUAGAGAGCUGAACAUAGCUGUAUAAGAGAGUGGGGAGAGGAGAAGCGUUAUGUGUAGAGGGAACACCGGGGAAUCGUAAUCAAUGAGGGUGCAAGCAAAAUUAAAAUAGAAGGCGUAUUCCAAACGUUGAAACACCUUUCACGGAAGGGUGAUAAGGGCCAAGGACCGAGAGAAACGUUUUCCCUCAUUUAAUUAUAAUCUGUAAAGGAGCGACAGAUUCCCUUGCAAUCAUGGGGAACCGGGGGAUGGAAGACCUUAUUCCUCUGGUGAAUAAAAUGCAAGAUGCCUUUUCGGCCAUCGGUCAAAAUUCUCAGUUGGAUCUGCCUCAAAUUGCUGUGGUUGGCGGGCAGAGUGCAGGGAAAAGCUCGGUGUUGGAGAACUUCGUUGGGAAGGAUUUCCUUCCUCGUGGUUCUGGCAUCGUCACCCGCCGUCCCUUGGUCCUGCAGCUGAUCAACUGUCCCACAGAAUAUGCUGAGUUCCUUCACUGUAAGGGGAAGAAGUUCACAGACUUCGAUGAGGUUCGUGGGGAGAUCGAGGCGGAGACGGACCGCAUCACUGGGCAGAAUAAGGGCAUCUCCCCUGUGCCAAUCAACCUCAGGGUCUACUCCCCACAUGUUCUGAACCUGACUCUGGUGGACUUGCCGGGGAUGACCAAGGUCCCAGUAGGGGACCAGCCUGCGGACAUUGAGCAGCAGAUCAGAGACAUGUUGUAUCAGUUUGUGACGAAGGACAACUGUCUGCUGCUGGCUGUUUCCCCGGCCAACUCUGAUCUGGCCAACUCAGAUGCCCUGAAGAUUGCUAAAGAAGUCGACCCACAAGGUCAGAGGACCAUUGGUGUGAUCACCAAGCUGGAUCUGAUGGACGAGGGGACUGAUGCCCGAGAAAUUCUGGAGAACAAGCUGCUGCCACUGCGAAGAGGUUACAUUGGUGUGGUGAACAGGAGUCAGAAGGACAUUGAUGGGAAGAAGGACAUUACAGCGGCCAUGGCUGCAGAGAGAAAGUUCUUCCUGACCCACCCUGGAUACAGACACCUGGCUGAACGCAUGGGCACCCCCUAUCUACAGAAAACACUCAACCAGCAACUGACCAAUCACAUCCGGGACACUCUGCCGGGGCUGCGGGCCAAGCUGCAGAGCCAGCUGCUGUCUAUAGAGAAGGAGGUGGAGGAGUACAAGAACUUCAGACCUGACGACCCCUCCCGCAAGACCAAGGCCCUGUUGCAGAUGGUGCAGCAGUUCUCAGUGGACUUUGAGAAGCGUAUCGAGGGCUCUGGGGACCAGAUCGACACAGCAGAGUUGUCAGGAGGAGCCAGGAUCAACCGCAUCUUCCACGAGCGCUUCCCCUUUGAGCUGGUCAAGAUGGAGUUUAAUGAGAAGGAGCUUCGCAAGGAGAUCAGCUACGCAAUCAAGAACAUCCACGGCAUCAGAACUGGCCUCUUCACUCCGGACAUGGCUUUUGAGACCAUUGUGAAAAGGCAGAUCAGCAAGAUCAAAGAGCCCUGCCAGAAAUGUGUGGACAUGGUCAUUUCUGAGCUAGUCAAUACCGUUAGGCAAUGUACUCAGAAGCUGGCUCAGUACCCCAUGCUGAGGGAGGAGAUGGAGAAGAUUGUCACCCAGCAUAUCCGAGACCGCGAGAGCCGCACCAAGGACCAGGUGAUGCUGCUGAUUGACAUUGAGCUGGCCUACAUGAACACCAACCAUGAGGACUUCAUUGGCUUUGCAAAUGCCCAGCAGAGGAGCAGCCAGGUGGCCCAGAAGAAGCAAACUGGCAGUAAGCAGGAUGAGAUUAUGGUGAUCAGGAAGGGCUGGCUGACCAUCAACAACAUUGGCAUCAUGAAGGGAGGAGCAAAGGAGUACUGGUUCGUCCUGACCGCUGAGUCCCUGUCCUGGUACAAGGACGAUGAGGAGAAAGAGAAGAAGUACAUGCUCCAGGUGGACAACCUGAGGCUGAGGGAUGUGGAGAAGAGCUUCAUGUCCAGCAAGCAGAUCUUUGCCCUGUUCAACACAGAGCAAAGAAAUGUAUAUAAGGACUACCGUCAGCUGGAGUUGGCCUGCGAGAGUCAGGAGGAGAUAGAUGGGUGGAAGGCCUCCUUCCUUAGAGCUGGAGUGUAUCCUGAACGGGUCACGGAGAAGGAGGGCAAGAGUGACAGUGGAGACGGAGAGAAUGGCUCAGAUAACUUCAUGCACUCCAUGGACCCCCAGCUGGAGAGGCAGGUGGAGACCAUCCGCAACCUGGUGGACUCCUACAUGGCCAUCGUCAACAAGACCAUCAGGGACCUCAUGCCCAAGACCAUCAUGUACCUCAUGAUCAACAAUACCAAGGAGUUCAUCAACGCGGAGCUGCUGGCCAACCUGUACCACUCUGGGGACCAGAACAGCCUGAUGGAGGAGUCCCAGGAGCAGGCCCAUCACCGCGAUGAGAUGCUCCGCAUGUACCAUGCCCUGAAAGAGGCCCUGAACAUCAUCGGAGACAUCAGCACCACCACCAUCACUACCGCCAUGCCGCCACCCGUAGAUGACUCCUGGCUGAGGCCGGGUGGAAACAACUCCGGGGGCAGGUCUCCAGCUGCCAGUCCCACUCCAAACAGAAGGGCUCCCCCAGGUCCUCCUGGUCGCCCUGUCUCCCGUGGCUCAGCCCCUGGCCUCCCUCCUGGUCCCCCUGUCCCCUCUCGCCCGGGGGCCUCCCCGGAUCCUUUUGGUGGGCCACCACCAUCAGUCCCCUCCAGGCCUAACCGUGCACCCCCUGGUGUGCCCAGAGAAAGAGAAAGGGGAGAGUGGGGGGAUAGAGAGAGAGACAGAGAAUGCGAGCGAGAGCCGAAGACCCCCUCCCUCACCAACCCACUAAACUACUGAAGCCCCACUCCCCUCCAACCCACCGCCUACCCCAUGGCAGAGAAACCAAGGACUGCAGAGCAACCUACCUACCUAGACCUGACCUAGACCCUUCUUCCUUCUCUACUAAAUGACACGGUCACGUCACACACACACACAUAUAAACCCACACCAUACACACACAAACACACUGUAUACCCCCAAUACACAGAAAGGCAUUCACCCUCCACUGCAUAUAAAGGUCAAUUGUUGAUUAGCAUUACAAUACAUUUACACCUGUAAGUAGUCACACACAUAAAUGGGCAGGGAUAUGCAGCAAAUAUGGAUGAGAUAGUUAAGAAUGCUGUGCUGAAACAUUUGUCAUUUCUCACCCUCCCCUUCAUAUGGGUAUUUCUCUUCCUCUCAUAUCUGAAUGAUCUUUUCUCUGAUCAUAUUGGAUUUGAUAAUGAUAUUUUUGUGCUGUGUUGAUUCUUUAUUCUAUGUGUUGAUUCUCUCUCGGGAGUAGAUGCAUUAUCCAUCUAUCUAGCAAGGGGGAGCGGAUCAGAAGGGAUAACUGCAUCUGAACAACAGAGUUAUUUUUCUUGUCUUCUGCUAUGAUCGUCAUGAUCCAUAUUGGUCCCUAACGUCACAGGCUAGGACACACCUGACAUCGAUGGGAAAGUAGGAAAAACACCUAGAGAAAAUUUCAUUACCAAUACUGACUGUAAUGUGUCAUGAGUGUAAUGUGGUAUCAAUCUCACUGCACUUAGAUUGUGUAUUCUAUUUAUUAUGAUACAUUGAUUAAUGUGACCUUUUAUAUCUAAUAUCACAACAGUGACUCCUAGCCUCUGAGUUUGGGGAAAUGUUCUCUCAUUAGGUUUCAUUCACUUGUUCAUCCUUUGCUUAAUCUGGCUUCAUCAUGUCCUCUUUUUCUAUUUUCUUCCGCCUCUUUUCAAUGAACAGCCGGCCCCCUGCCUCCUUCUGACAACUAGAAGUCCCCCCUUUUUGCCCCUGACACCCCCCCCCCCCCCACCCCACCACUCAGCCCCUACACGGUGGAGGGUGAAUCCCCACUGUCCUGCACACAAACACACGAAUCAGAAACCUCAGCAACUCUCCAAAACAGCCUCCCUCUAAGCAGGAGAUGGGGAGUGAGAGAAAGAGAGAGAAGAAGAAAUCGCCAACCCCUCUAUUUCCCUGUGUUUAUGUGCUACGCCCUUCUGUGACCACUAGGCCUUGUGUCACUGUGAAGGCCCACUCUUAUGUGUUGUGCUAACCAUGAUGAUGUAUUGUAUUACUGUAUCUGCAUGCAAUGACACACGUUCAGGUGCUCAGACUGUGAUCUGGUGUAUAUCGGUGUAAACUCAUCCACAACCAGCUCCCCGAGGCACAUGCUGCUUUCUGUGCUUCAACCUCUGUACCGAUGCCACGGGUGCUGGGUAACUCAAAGGUCUCCCGCUAAAAACUGUGGCCCAACAUUGAGCUAGAGUCGUCUGUCUCUCUCCUCCUCUCCCACUUGUCAAUUAACCACUUCCCCACUAGUGAAAAUCAGUACCAUAUCGAGGCGGGAUCUAAAUUGAAAGUGCAAUAUGUUCUUAUUGGACAGCUUAAUGAGAGCUUUCCACCAAUCACACCAGACUCAAGAGUAGAUUCUCAGCCUGAGAGGAGGCGAGGAGACAGACAAGGCCCAAAGGGUGCGUCUCAAUACUGUUGAAUUGCAUCAUUUCUCCUUUCCUCAGAAGGAAAGUGGAAAAAUGUAAGUUGUGUUCAAGAAUGAUAUAUUAAAGUGUUGACCCUGCCCAGGAUUAGGUUUGACUCAAAGCAUUUCCAAGACCACUGGCAGGAGAACCUGAGAUAUAUGUUGAAUAUCAUUGGAACUGUGUAAUGAGCUGGGAUGGGGGUGGCACUUUCAAUUGUGGCAUGAUUUAUCAGCUUUUUUCUUUCUUUCCUUUCUCAGUGGUCACGGGGGUGAGUGAGGACAUCAGGUUUAAACCACUAACAACCCAAUCAGUGAUGGUCUAUGCAUAGGACCCUAAACAAACACACGCCUGUACAGUGCACCUCUCAUGUUACUCAUGCGUUCCCAUUGCUGUGUGAGAGAUGUGAGUGGACUCUGGUUUGUUGUAUUAUGACCCUGUUGGUGAUAAAACUACAUGUUGGGCAUGACAACGGUAAAAACUACACUCAUUAGCAUACCCACAAACCCAUUAUUGUAUCUAUAUUGUACUCAGUUCAUACAAACCCUCCCCUCCACAACACCCUGGAAUCUUAGCAGAAGCGAAUACAUAACAAAUAGUUUCAUUAUUAUUGAGUAAAUAGGACAUGUGUGUAUAUUGUGUGGUGCAUCUUCUGGAAAUUGUGCUUCCACUUGUCUACAGGUUAGUUGACAAUGUAUGAAUACUGAAUAUUAAAUUAGUAUGAAUAAGUGACUGAGUAUGUGUACAAUGAAACAAACUAAAAACAAACUUGAUAAGUGAAAGUUAUGAUAUCCCUGUUGAUGGAUGUGUUGAGUAUCGGAAGGUUGUUUGAUGAGUAGCAUGUAGAGGAGAAUAAUUUGUCCCUUGUUUCUCGGUCUGUCUGGGGAGAGGAAAUGAGAGUGCAGACUGGGCAGGGUGAAUGUGUGUAUUCUAUCCCGCUGUGACAACGUUGUCCUGUAUCUUAUCUUACUGCUGUGGGUGGCAUGAGUCUGUCCAACAGGCUGCGUUUCGUCAACACAUUAAAAGUCAGUGUACCAA